UUGUCGACUCGGUGCUUCGGUGUUGCUUCUCCAGGCCCACAAAUCCCCAAAACCCUCGUCCGUCGCACCAAAACCACUUCAUAAAGUGCAAUAACAAGCAGUAACAAGUGCUCUCGCCGCCCCCGCCCCAAAAAGCCCGAACUUUCCCUCUCAAAAAUCCCCAAAAACAUCGCGAGUUUUCCCGAAAAACCCAGUGGCCAGUUCUGUGAUUACAACAAUGGGAGAGUAAACGUCUGAUGAGCCCUGUAGCCCCACCACCUCUCGGCCGCGCUCCGCAAAAUGCCCCCCCACUAACAAAGCCCCUUUUCCGACCCCCGCGCAGCCCCCGAUGAAGCGAGGAAGGCCCCCAAACUGCCAUGCGUUCACCAGUGUUCCCUCGUCCUCUCUCUCGCUCAAUCACCCACGAGUCUCGCCAUCACCUGGGCACCUGAUAGCCCACUAACCCCUCCCCCUCCCCCCCGCACCCCCAAAUGUACACACGCCUGAUGCCCGAGGACAUGGCGGCGACGGCCAAGCACGAGGUGCGUCCAAAAUUCCCCGGUGACCCAGGUGAAGAGGACAUAGCAGCGAUAGCCAAACAAAUAAGCGAUCACGCCGAGGCUAUAUACCAGACCUGGAAGAGUCGUGGUCUAGCCCCAACUGAAAUACUGAACUGUCACAGUAAUGCAACAGCAGCUGACAAAUUUGGCAGUGCAUUAACGCCAAAUAUAUCCCAGAAGAGUAAGAAAUUCGUGGAACCACUGGAGGCUAUUCUCACCCCAGAUAGACCGGGGAAUUCCCGUUUGGCAUCUCAAGAGGGCGACACUAGUCUCGUAAAGCUUGUGAAUAAUUUUGUGGUUGAGGACAGGGCGAGACAGCGGUCUUACCUGUCCAAGACCCUGCCCUCGUCGAUUCAAUUUGCCCUCGAUAAAUUUGAGAGGAAUUCCCAGACCUCCCAGAAGCCCCAGAUCCAGGUGAAGCCGAAAAUUGUACCGAAACCGUUGAUUCUGACAACAAAUUCCGAGACGAUUGAGACUAUUCUCCCUGGGGAGCCGGCAAAGCGGCCUCUCAGCGUUUUAUUGGGAUCACCAGUGCCCAAAGUCCAAGGGAAUGAGAAUCUGGCUGGCAGCCAGGGCUCUGGCAUGACCACGUGGCCACUGAAGAACAAAUUAUUCAGUGAAUCGACGUCCGCUGGGUGCGUCGCAAGCAAAUCCAAUCAAUCGGCGGCAGCUUAUCUCGACGAAGUGGCUAGGGAGGAGGAGAGGCUGAUCAAUGCGCUGAAAACGGGGGCUGUUAUCAGUGAGGAGACGGGGAUCAGGCAGAAGCCUGCGAUCAUCAAGGAGAAGCCGAAGUUGACGGCUAAUGGAAUUGUCGCUGAGCAGGCGCUGCAUUUUCUCCAGCAGAAGCAGAAGAUCGAGGAGAGGAAGGGUGGGAAGGGCCAGGGAAAGGGCCAGGAUGGCAAGGAGGAGGGACAGGUGACGAGGUGGGGACCCAGGAUCACCUCGCCGAGGCCCAGGGCCGAGCAGGUGCCACAUCCUGAGCUGACGAGCCAGCAGAAGCAGCACAUCAGGGCUGCUGCGGCUGCCGCUGCGGCCAGCGAUCCCCAGGGGAUUGUCAAUCCUGUCAGGCCGUUUCUCACGAGGGGAUCCGUCGCCGAGAGGGUUCUCAUCUUUGAGAAGUGCCCCAGCGAACUGCUGCUGGAUAAGAGGGGACCCAGGGUCAAUGUCGCAGGCGGACGGAGUCCUGGGGGCAGCGAAGGGCUGAAGACUCAGUCCUACGUAAGGGAGAGAAUUCAACAGCAACAAUCAAAAGCUCUACCACCCCACACAACCCUUCAGCGUCACGUUAAAGCGAAUAAAAACGUUCGCAUUCCGAGAUUUUACUUUCCCGGUGGUAAGCCAACGCCACUGUCACAGAUUGAAGCGACAAUAGCCAAGAUCACAAAGGCAUUCGAGAGUUUGCCGGGUAAUCGUGCAACACGAGGACAAUUUCACGUUAUUUCAAAGGCAUGCGAUUUGCCAAUAUACUGGAAAGUUCCCCUGUUCCUCGCUGCCGGGGGGGACAAGAGUGCAAGUGUUGAGAUGCUGAAUUUUUUGAAUUUCUGGAGGGACAUCUGCAAGACGCAUCACGACGCUGCCAGUAAAUUCGUGAGAAUUGUCACCAGGGGUUUGAGGGAGACCAUCUUGCCCGAGGAUUUGGUUUGUCUCAUUCAGGAUGUCGUGGAGACACAUCCGGGGCUCACCUUCCUCAAGGAGGCCACGGAAUUUCACUCGCGUUAUGUUCAUACGGUAAUAGCCCGAAUUUUCUACUGCGUAAAUCGCAGUUGGAGUGGAAAAAUAAGUUCCUCCGAGGUGCGAAGGAGUAAUUUACUCGAGACAAUAGCCAUUCUCGAGCACGAGGAGGACAUUAACCAAGUGACUUCGUACUUCAGCUACGAGCACUUCUACGUUAUCUACUGUAAAUUCUGGGAGCUCGAUAGAGAUCACGAUCUACUCAUCGACAAGAUGGAUCUCACAAGGCACAAUGAUCACGCAUUAUCCACGAGAUUGAUCGAGAGAAUAUUCAGUGGUGCUGUGACACGCGGUGGCAAGGGACGUCAGGCUGACGAUAAAAUGACGUACACUGAAUUUGUCUGGUUUUUACUCAGCGAGGAGGACAAAAAUCAUCCAACAGCUGUGGAAUACUGGUUCAGAUGUAUGGAUCUCGAUGGUGAUGGAUACUUGUCCAUGUAUGAACUCGAAUACUUUUAUGAGGAACAGCUGCACAGAAUGGAGGCCAUUGGAAUGGAAACUCUACCAUUUGAGGACUGUUUGUGUCAAAUGCUGGAUAUGAUUCAUCCGGAGAUACCUGGGAAAAUAUCACUCAGGGAUCUCAAGAGAUGCAAGAUGACAUCAAUUUUCUUUGAUACUUUCUUCAAUCUUGAGAAGUAUCUUGAUCAUGAGCAGAGGGAUCCUUUUGCAACGACUGGCCGGGAUCAGGAUGCUGAGGGGCAUGAGAUGUCGGAUUGGGAUCGAUUUGCUGCUGAUGAGUAUGAACUUUUGGUGGCGGAAGAGAGCGGAAAUGACCAGAAUGACCAAAUGCUGUACGACCCGGGAAUGGAGGAAGACGCCUUUUCACCCAAUUUGGAUAGUAUUACCUCUGACCCCAAUGGUCACUGCAAAACGCGCGAUUGUUACGCGAGGGACUACAGCAAGUGUGGUGAGUCGAAAGGACAGAGUUACGAUAGUGGUGACAGCGAUGAUUACGCAGAGAGUGACAACUGAGAACGUGGAAUAAAAAGGUUCGACGAACUAAAUCCAUUGCAUCAUUUUUGGAAGUAUAAAUGUCCACCAGUGCCAUCUUACCGUUUAUUUCCAGAAGCGAAAAACAUUGUUUUUUUUCAUUUCUCGAAGUGUAAAUAUCGUUUUUGCCAGGAUUGAGGGCCCAACGGCCAUAAUUGUACUGAUAGCCAUUUUUUUUACGUUUUAUCAGUUAUUUUACAGGAUUUUAUUAAUUUUUUUUACACUAAAACGUUUGAGAAAUUUCGAUUAUUUCUUAUUGUUAUGAGAAUUAUUUCAGUUUUUUUUUUUUUGAGGUGAGAGUUUAAGUGUCAUUACGAUUCUAGUCUGGCGCAGUGUGUGUGCUAUAUUAUAAAGUGAAUAUAUCUUUCGUAAUAAAUGAAGUAAUAUUAAUGGGUAUCGAAGAGGAACAGAUGUUCGGGGGAUGGGGAGGGGUGGAGAUGGGGUUUAGGAAUGAUUUUUCAUUCUUCGGUGGACAAUUUCAGGGGAAAUGUUGAGGAAUAUUUUUUGUGGGAAAUUUUAUUCUUGUAACAAAUGCCAUUCAACAUUUCCUCCUAGUACCACAGUCUCGAAAUGAAUGCAAAAAUUCAAUUUUUCAUUUUAAAAAAGUUCUGAUUACAUUGCGCUCUAAAAUCACUCAUUGCU